AUGGCUGCUUGUCGGUCAGUUGCCCGCUCCCUCCCCGCUCUCCGCGCACUUCCCCGCACGCCGACGGUGACCGCCAGGGCUGCACGCUCAGUCCGAUCUAUGACUACUGCGUCUUCCCUCCUCUCCUCCUCUUCCCGUAAAGUAACCAUGGCUCCUUCAUCACUUUCCGCAACCCGUGGUCUGAAGACCACUGCCCACAAGUUUGCUCCUUCAACGACCUCGGCUGUCUCAACCGCUACCGAAUACCCGACUAGCCACAAGAAGAUCACCAACCCAAUCGACACCGCCAAUUUCAUUGACAACCAGUUUGUCUCGUCUAAGGCCGCUACAUGGAUUGACCUCCAUGACCCUGCUACCAACAACCUGGUCACUCGUGUCCCUCAGAGCACAGAUGAGGAGCUAAAGGCCGCCGUGGAGUCGGCCGAGAAGGCCUUCCCCGCCUGGCGGUCAACCAGCAUUAUGGCUCGCCAGCAGAUCCUCUUCAAGUUCACGAGUCUGAUUCGUGAACACUGGGACCGUCUGGCUGCCUCUAUUACCCUCGAGCAGGGUAAGACCUUCGCCGAUGCCCGCGGUGAUGUUCUUCGUGGCUUGCAGGUCGCCGAGACCGCCUGUGGAAUCACUACCCAGAUGACCGGUGAGGUCCUCGAGGUAGCUAAGGAUAUGGAGACCCGAAGCUACCGCGAGCCUCUCGGUGUCGUGGCUGCUAUCUGCCCCUUCAACUUCCCUGCCAUGAUUCCUCUUUGGUGUAUCCCCGUUGCAGUUGCAACUGCUCGCCGCCGAGGCUGGCUUCCCCCUGGUGUUCUCAACAUCAUUCACGGCUCUGCCCGCACCGUUGACUUCAUCCUUGAUGAGCCCGCCAUCAAGGCUAUUAGCUUCGUCGGCAGCAACCGUGCUGGCGAGUACAUUUACUCUCGCGGUUCUGCCAACGGCAAGCGUGUGCAGGCUAACCUCGGCGCUAAGAACCACGCCGCUGUCCUGCCCGACGCCAACAAGAACCAGGCUCUGAACGCUAUUGUUGGUGCUGCCUUCGGUGCUGCCGGUCAGCGCUGCAUGGCAUUGAGCACCUGCGUUAUGGUUGCGGAGACUAAGGAGUGGCUGCCUGAGAUUGCUGAGCGUGCUAAGGCUCUGAACGUCAACGGUGGCUUUGAGGAGGGUGCCGACCUCGGCCCUGUCAUCAGCCCCGAGAGCAAGAAGCGCAUCGAGGACCUCAUUGCCAGUGCCGAGGAGGAGGGUGCCACCAUCCUUCUCGAUGGCCGUGGAUACAAGCCCGAUGGAUACCCCGAUGGCAACUUCGUUGGCCCUACUAUUAUCACCAACGUCACCACCGACAUGAAGUGCUACAAGGAGGAGAUCUUCGGACCCGUCCUUGUAUGCUUGAACGCCGAGACCCUCGACGACGCCAUCAACACAAUCAAUGCCAACGAAUACGGCAACGGUGCCGCCAUCUUCACCCGGUCUGGCUCCACCGCCUCCAAGUUCCAGAAGGAGAUCGAGGCCGGCCAGCUCGGUAUCAACGUGCCCAUCCCUGUCCCUCUCCCCAUGUUCUCCUUCACCGGUAACAAGAAGAGUAUCGCCGGCGGCGGUGCCAACACUUUCUACGGCAAGCCCGGCUUGCAAUUCUAUACCCAGCAGAAGACUGUCACCAGCUUGUGGAAGAGCGAGGAUGCUGUGAGCACCAAGGCUAGCGUUGUUAUGCCUACUCACUCUUGA